AUGGAUGAUUCAAUCCUGGAAGAGAGAGAGGAGCUAAUGGUUGCACUUGUUGAUGAACAAGUAAAACCCAUUUUUAGAGUUGCUCAUUUUCUAAAACCAACUAUAUAUUCUGCUGAAAAGCUUCCAUUUUUACCUUCAAGAUCCAAGAUUUCUUGUUCUUCACUAAAGGUUCAGUUUAGGGGUGUUCUUUUAUACAUGAAUGGAUGGUAUGAAUGGGUUGAUGAGUUAAAGCCAUUAUACGAAGAUAUAUGGAAAAAAGCUGGAAUCUUUGAGGCUAUUAUAGCUUCCACAUUUGAGAUUUAUAGGCACAAUGAUUUGAUUCUUGCUUUUGCUGAGAGAUGGUGUUUGGAGACUAAUACAUUCAUUUUACCAUGGGGAGAAUCAACUAUUACUUUGGAGGAUAUGGUGGUUUUAGGUGGUUUCUCUGUUUUAGGCCAUUGUGUGUUGAAACCUGUUAAGACCAAAGAUUCAGUUGAAGUUGAAAAAACUCUUUGUGAGGCUCAUAAAGUUAUUAGAGCAAGCAAAGGGAAUAUUGUCAGUCACCAUGACUGGAUGGAAUAUUUUGCAGGAAAAGGUGACCAUUUAGAGCAUGUUGCAUUUUUGACCCUUUGGUUGUCAAGGUAUGUGCUUCCUGCUAGAUGUUACAGGAAUGUGCAACAAGCUCUUUUCCGUAUUGCAAUUUAUCUUUCUCAAGGAAUUCCAAUAGCACUUGCCCCUGCUGUUCUUGCUAGUAUUUAUAGAGAUUUAAACUUGCUUAAAAAGUUGAUCAUAUCUGAACAAAGUAGUAAUUCUAGAUGUAUUGAGGAUGAGUCGAAUCCCAUCAUUCGGGCUCCUCUUUAUUAUGUUCAGUUAUGGGCAUGGGAGAGAUUUGUGAAUUUGCAGCCUAAGCCUAGUGUUAUUUACUGUGGGGAGCCAAGAGUUGCUAGAUGGCACAAGGUGAAAAAACAAAAUUGUGUGGAUCCUAGGCAUGAAUUAGAUGAUGCAGCAGAAUGUUUCCUGUGGCGUCCUUAUGCUAUUGAUACUGUGAAGAAUUGGGACACCAGCAAAUAUUACAAGGAAAGGGAGGAAUAUGUGGUGGUUGGACCAAAGAUGGGAAGAGAGAUUUUGAUUUUCACUCGACUUAUUCGUGCUUCUGAAUUAGUUGGAAUGGAUUGUGUAGAACAGUAUAGUCCACAUAGAGUAUCAAUGCAAUUUGGAUUCGAUCAAGAUGUGCCCGGUUGUGUGAAUCAUUCUUGGAGAGACUAUGACAGACCAAUCAAAGAUGCCAACCUCUAUAUACCUUCUAGGCUCUUCGAGUCAGAUGUCAGCAGCCGAUACUUGGAGUGGUGGAAGAACCAAAAUGUUGCACCUGAGGAUGCAGCUAAAACUCAUGAAAGGAUGCCAAGAAUGUCGUGGGGACAUCACGGAAAGAUGAAUGCCUCUGUAUGUUGUGAAUUUUUGCAGAAAGGUGAUGAGGUUAGCAAAGAUGGUAGUUUUCAGGAUUGUGAAAUGAGAGCUGUAGAAUCAUCACCAGAUGAUGACAAUAUACCAAUUUCGGAAUCUUUACGCAAGAGGAAGCUCAUCAAGAAAGAGAGUACUCUACCUGGUAGUCAAGAACCCGUUGUUAGCACCCAAAGCCGAUCUUCUUCAGCUUCAAAUGAUGGAACUGCUAGAGAAAGGGAGACUAUAUUGGAAUCAAAACCAUUAAACCAGAAGCUUGAGACUUCAAAAGGAAAAUCAGAGGAAUUAGAUGAACAUGAGGCACAUGUAGUUAAAGAAAUGGUCCCACUAGAGAGCAAGGACAAGAAUGACAAAGAUGUCUCUAAGCUCAACUUGCCUGAUAAUUUAGAACUUGCAAGUAAGAGUCAAGAUGCAAGCGGUAGAUAUGCAGAAUUUUCGAGCAAAACUUCUGUGGAAGCACCUAAGACUGCAAAAGGCAGGACCAACAUAACUGAAGGAAAUAUGGAGACGGGAAACACUAACAACCAUGAGAAUGUGAGCAGUAGAUAUGAAAUGACUGAUAUUCUGAAACUUGAGAUGAGGAUUAGAAACCUUGAAAACAUUAAUGCUGGAAAGGGAGUGGCUGUUGUGAAUGCAAAGUCAAGAUUACAGAUAACUUCGCCUAUGCUAAUUUUUUCGCUCUCCCCUGGAGUUCAUCUAGCACUGUUAGGGGAUAUUGCAAGACAGCCAUGCACAGUCAAAAUUGCAGAUAACUUUGGCUACGCUAAAUUUUCAGCCCUUCCUGGAGUUCAUCUGGCACAGUUUAUUCCAUCUGAAGUUCAAUCUACAACAUUACUGCUUCCAAUUCUACGAUCAUGA